GGUAAUCUUCGAGCCCUUUGUCCAGUAACAACCAUAGACAUAAUGUCUAUGGUAACAACUGCAUAACAGCGGUUAGUUAACGCCGCUGUCCUAACCGUAACUUUUAUAACUAAUUUAACACUAAAGGAGGAACUUCAGAGAAGCGCUGCAGCCGGCUUUCGCUUUCUCCCUGACGGGUGAGAAAUGUUUGCCAUAGCAACCAAAAACUUCGUGGAGGAGGUGGACGAUGGAGGCUUACUGAUCCCGGUGUCCAGCCUGAACGACUCCUUCGACCUCCUGAGGGUGGUGGUGAAGCGCAAACGCUUCUGGUUCUGGCAGAAACCCAAGUAUUAUCCGACCGACUUCAACCUGAACGACCUGCUGGCGGGCGACACGCCCAUCACGCCAGCCGUGUUGGAGACGGACUUCAUCAAAUACAGCAGCACGCUUGGUGACAACAAGCAGGCCAACGUGGAUGCCACGUUUGCCCAAGGCAAACUGGCCAUGGGGGGCAAAGACCACUCCAAACUAAAGUCGUCCUUUGGCACUUUGAAGAAAGAGGAGUUUGACGUUCAGAAGCUGCUGAUAGACUCCAAAAGCAGAGUUCUGGACAUGUCCCACUGUCUGAUCCAGCAGACCCAGGAGAAACCCAAACAGGUGUUUGGCAUCGUGAAGGAGCGCAUCGUGACCACGCAGCCCUGUUCAGUCAUAGAGGAGGUGCAGCAGGGCGGCCAUUUCUCGGGGAGCCUGAUCGCCUGCGGCCGCAGAACACCAAGAAUUGCACUGAGGGAAAACACCAGCUUGAGCACAGACAGCAACAUUACAAUGGAGAUCCCCUCGCACACCACGAUAGCCUACAGCCUUAUAGAGCUGGAGAUCAAGCAGGACGGCCACUUUGAGCUCUGUUUGAUGUCUGGCACCAGUGGAGGUUUUGAAGUAGACGGCCAUGUCGAGGAGCGGCUGCUGGGUGUCUCAGCAGCACCUGCUGAGAACACAGACAACCAUCUGCUUCAACUGGAGCUGGACAGACUGAAGGUUCAUUUCCAGCUGCUUUCUGCUCUCCCAGCUUCCAGCAGGUCGUCUCUUCUCCAACACAUCACAGAACUGAUGCCGGACCCGGCAGCGAUCGGUGCGCUUCAGAACGCGCUGGACGGGAUGUAUCUGGGUAUGAAACCCAGUCUGAAUGAUGAUGGGUUAAAGGAGUCUCAGCAGCAGCACAUCCAAGCAGUUUUUGACCUGCUGGACCAGUCUGGUGCAGAGGAGUCGACUCGGGCGCCAGUCCUCACAGCAUUACAUCUGACCGUCAGCGCGUUGGACGAGAUGUCAGAUGAUAGUCUUCCUGUUUUAAGGAUGUGUAGCAACCCUGCAACCCUACAGACUUUGGAGCUACUGGUGCAGUGUGCAUCAGGAAACAGGGAGACACCUCUGAGCAGCGCAGCACUGCCAGAUGAUGUCUAUGAAAGGACCGAACCUCUGUUUGCCUGCUCCAGCGUGUCCCUGAGGAGAGACGGCGAUGGGGUGCGCGCUGAGAUCAGGAACAAUCCAGGACAUCGUCCUCUCAUCCUGUGCAUCGCUAUUAAGAGCCUCGCCUCUUUGGCCCACGGUUGUUGAGGCAAAUUCACUUCCUGUAUUUAAUCAAAAGAACAUCCAGAAAUAUUUUCAUAUCACCUUUGGGGAUUUGGUCUGUGUGUAUAUAUAUAUAUAUAUAUAUAUAUAUAUAUAUAUAUAUAUA